AUGUCACGGGCGCAGCAGCAGCAAGGGCAGCAGCAGGAGCAAGAGCAGCAGCAAGGGCAGCAGCAGGAGCAAGAGCAGCAGCGAGGGCAGCAGCAGCAAAGGCAGAAGCAGCAAGAGCAGCAGCAGAAAGGGCAGCAGCAGCAAGGGCAGCAGCAGCAAGAGCAGCAGCAGCUAGUGCAGCAGCAGCAAGGGCAGCAGCAGCAAGAGCAGCAGCAGCAAGUGCAGCAGCAGCAGCAGCAAGGGCAGCAGCAGCAAGGGCAGCAGCAGCAAGAGCAGCAGCAGCAAGAGCAGCAGCAGCAAGAGCAGCAGCAGCAAGAGCAGCAGGGGCAGCAGCAGGAGCAAAAGCAGCAGCAAGAGCAGCAGCAAGGGCAGCAGCAGCAAGGGCAGCAGCAGGAGCAGCAGGCAGCAGCGCACACGGGAGCCCCGUUCCUUCCGUUCGUUCGUCUCAGCCAUUAA